CCCAUAGUGACGACAAGAUCAACAGGAAGUUCUAACCAGCUUUGUUUAUUAACUUCUCGCUGUAGUUCACUUCUUAUGGAAGUCUUAGAAUUUUUAAAUGCGUUUUAUAACUUGUUUUCUGCUUAAAGAUAAUAAAAUAUGAUCGUGGGCUGACUUUAUAGUGGACGCGAUUGCGAGCGGCUGUUAGAUGCAGUGAUGUUUGUGGGAGCGGAAAGCAUUGGGGGGAAUCAGCUGAUUGUUUGACGCGCUAACAACACUCAUGAUUCAUCUAGAUCAUGUUUAUACGAAUCAUAUGCAUCUAAACCAAACCGCAGCAGUAGAACUGUCUGCCAAGAGCUUAACUCGACUUUUAUCGGUACCUGCCUGUGUAUCAAACUCAAUCGGAGUGUAAUGUUAAGAGAUCCGUGACAGCAGGAAAGAUGCCGUGCACAUGCGGGAACUGGAGGAGGUGGAUUCGGCCUCUGGUGGUGCUGCUGUACAUUCUGCUGCUCCUGGUUGUCCUUCCUCUCUGUGUGUGGGAACUUCAAAAAUCAGGGGUUAGUACUCCUAAUAAGGCAUGGUUCAUCGCUGGGAUAUUUGUGUUUAUGACUAUACCCAUCUCACUGUGGGGGAUUUUGCAGCAUCUAGUACACUACACCCAACCUGAGCUACAAAAACCUAUUAUCAGAAUAUUAUGGAUGGUUCCUAUAUACAGCCUGGAUAGUUGGAUCGCAUUGAAGUAUCCCAACAUUGCCAUUUAUGUAGACACAUGUAGAGAGUGCUAUGAGGCCUAUGUCAUCUACAACUUCAUGAUCUUCCUUCUCAACUAUCUGGAAAACCAGUAUCCCAGUCUGGUGCUGAUGUUGGAGGUGCAAGAGCAACAAAAGCAUCUCCCCCCUCUUUGCUGCUGCCCGCCAUGGCCCAUGGGAGAAGUGCUUUUGCUAAGAUGUAAACUGGGAGUUCUGCAGUACACAGUUGUGAGACCUGUCACCACAGUCAUUGCUUUGAUUUGCCAGCUUUGUAAGGUCUAUGAUGAAGGCAACUUCAGUUCAAAAAAUGCCUGGACGUAUCUGGUUAUUUUCAACAAUCUCUCCCAGCUUUUUGCCAUGUACUGUCUUGUGCUGUUCUACAAGGCUCUGAGAGAAGAGCUGAGUCCCAUCAAACCUGUGGGAAAAUUCCUCUGUGUCAAACUGGUGGUGUUUGUGUCAUUCUGGCAAGCUGUGGUCAUUGCGCUUUUAGUGAAGGUUGGUGUGAUCUCAGACUCACACACUUGGGACUGGGACAAUGUGGAGGCUGUAGCCACUGGCCUACAGGACUUCAUCAUCUGCGUGGAAAUGUUUUUGGCAGCCAUUGCCCAUCACUUCAGCUUCACUUACAAGCCCUACAUACAGGAAGCAGAGGAAGGUUCUUGCUUUGAUUCCUUCCUGGCCAUGUGGGAUGUCUCAGAUAUACGGGCUGACAUCUCAGAACAAGUGCGCAAUGUCGGGAGAACUGUCAUGGGUCGGCCAAGGAAAACGUAUUUCGGUGAAGAGGCUUCCCAGGACGAGAACACAGGACUGCUGUCAGCUGGUUCUCAGGACCCAGCCAUUGAAUCAUCCUCCACCCCUCCAUCACCCAAGGGCCGUUACCAGGGCAUGGGCCACACCGUAACCCCCCACUCCAUCUCAGCUCCUGCCAACCUUGGCUGCGUACCAUGGGAAGGAGAUGUGGAUGACAUCACGCCUGUUGUGCUAUCUGGCGAUCAUACAGACCAACAAGGCUCAGACUAUGCAGCAAUCACCUAACAGUGAGCUUCAGCUACCAAAUAGUUAAAGCACAUCAACCUAAUGUGCGUCAACUACCAUUUUGAAUAUAUGCAGCUGCCGUUAACUCUGGUAACUAUUGAUACUUCUGGUUAAAAUGUGUUGGUAGCAAGAACCUAUAUAAAGGACUUGGGAAGAGCUGGUCCUCCGCUUUUAUCUCGGUUUGGCAUUAUUUCGCUGAAAACAUGACCAAAUUAUAAACUGACUUGAGAGCAAAGCACAACAAUUCCCCAAUACCGGUUUUAAUUUUUCAUAUCAUCAGAUAAUGGUUCUUUUAAGACAGCUUUAUGAAUGUUUAUUCUAAGAAACACUAUGUAUUGUUAUAAUAAUAAUAAUGCUACAUCAAAAUAACAUUGACGUCCAUUUCAACAAGUCAUUUUUAACUUUUUUUUUUUUUUUUUCACAUUUUUAUCUGUUAAUGCAAAAAGGUUUUUUGUUUUUUUUUUUGGAGCAGCACCUUGAUCAUGGACAGUAAUAUGAAUUUGGCAGUAUGCAAUGGAGAUUUGCAAUAUUUUCUCUUAGAAGAAUAUAUGCAUGUGGUAAAGCAACUAUAGUUUGAACAUUGGCUCUAAAGCACAAAAUACUAAAGCACCCAUAUCUCUGCUUACUUCGCUUCAGAGCUAAGCAACCUCACCUGGACUGCUUGCCUUCAGAACAGCUUCAUGUAAUUGUCACAACAUAAACGCAGAUGUUGGUGUUUGUUCUUUUAAAAAAAAGAAUUUGUUUUAAUUGUUCUUAAUUGUUUAGUUUAUUUUUUGGUUGUUUUAAUAAUUAGACAAGGAAAAUUAGGUUUAAACCCUAAUUUAGUAAAGUAGCGAAAAUGUAGAAUACUGACUUUAAGUUUACCUCGGGAAAUGAUGCAAUGUGUAUAUAUCAGCCAAAGUUGUCUUAUUGCUGUUAAGGUUUUUUUUUUUGGUUUGUUUAAACAAUCUGUCAGUUUUUAACAUCAGCUGCACAUGAGAUAUAAAUGUCAGAUAUGGUAUAACAGUAAAGGCAGAUUGUUUUACCAUUACAGAUGUGGACCUGUGGGAAAUAUUCCCAUAUAUUUGUUUUCAUGAACUGUUGUGUGUCUCUCUGGUCCAUUCAGAGAGAUGCAUCUUCUGCAAUGGUUUGUACAGCUGUUGCAUUGCCUUAUCUAACAGUGGUUGUCACAAAUCAUUAAACUUCACAUGGAAAUUUG